CGUUCCUAUAUGCCUAUAGAUAAUUAACAACCAUACCUCUUCUUAUCCAUAAAAGAAUAUGAAACAAACAUAAAAAAUAGAAAAGCUCUAAAGACCCCUGUAAGAUGCUAGAUCGCGCGCUUAUCGUUGCGGUUGCAGUACUCGGAACUGACUGUCGCCGUUACUCGGUCUGAGUGUACUGGGUACUUCUUUUCAAAUAAUUUCAGUAUGUCAAAACAGGAUGGUCUACCUAUUCCCAAUGAAAUACUUUUGAUUCUAAUGCGAAAUCUUGAUGCGCCAGAUGUCAGAUCUCUGGGCAACACUUGUAAAAGAUUGAGGCAACUACUACUGUCGAAUAAAUCGAAGCUUUCCUGCCCUCAGCUUUCAUGGAAGGAGGCUCACCUCAGUUUCGGAAGAAGAAUUGUUCUUUUGCGAGUAGAUGCAAAACACGAGUACAAAAGACGCCGAAUAAGAGGCUCAGAUAUAUCUGCGCAAUGGGAGUUUACGGAAGAAUCAUUUACUGAGGACUUUGUCGACCUCUUCUUAAUGCUGUCGCCCGAAACUUUGAUCUUGAAGUGUAAAGAUCUGGAUGUGAAUAUAACAAGUGUCAUCAAGCGAUGUGUUGGCAAAUUAUCGGGAAAAACGCUUGCACUCGAAAUGGACAAAUGCUCCCUGCCUGAUGAUGAUUUUGCAUCAUUUUUGCGAUAUCUAUCUCCGUUCUCACUUCACCUUAGUGGUCACUUCGAUAGAAGCCUUUUGUCGGAUCAGAUUCUACCUCUCUCAAGUUUGUAUAGUCUGUACAUUGGUACAAAUCGUGCGGAUGUCGAAGCGCGAACAAGGAUCUCUGGUAUCACAGUGCGCAAAAUUGUCAAUAAUUGGUUCCAGAAUUACCCAUCACAGCUUGAUUCAAAAAAUCCUGCACCUUGUUGCGUGGAUUAUGAAAAACACGACUUUCUUAUUGUUCUGCCCGACUGUGAUCUGGAUUACAACGAGUUCUUCGCAUUUCUAAGGGAGCUAAUUGCUGUACCUCACCAUACACGAGAAUCUAUCACUAUUUACAGGCUACCGAAGACUUUGAUCCACGCUAUAGCAAGGAACUUGCCUACCUUUGAUGAUCUUGGACCGAAUUCAUGGGUCGGACAAGGUCUGUGCAGUCAUGAUGACAUAAAGUGGUCAUGUGCGCUAUUGUGCGAUUGUGGCGAGUUGCAUGCUGAUUACAACAUGGGUGCCGAUUUACCCACCGAUCCACUACGAAUGUGCGACACAGUCAGACUUGUUUUGGGAGUUACCGUCCACAAGCCAGGAGAAGCAGCUCUCCUCAUUCCCAAAGAGACACUUCUUCAUGUUCAAAUAACUCUAGCGGCUGGUUUCUCCAUGGUUGAAGCUGAGAUACCCAAAAGGCGUAUAGUCGACAUCAUGAAAAGAAGGAGAGUCCUCUAUUGUAGACGUCAACCAUCACUAUGAAAACUCCCUUCUUGAAUUAUGUGCCACGCAAUAAUGCUUCUGUCUUGCAUCUAUCAACUUCCUGAAGUCAUCAUGCUUUAUCACUUCAGUGUAUUUUCUGUUUGAUAAUUCACUUGAUACGAGGUUUGUAAAAAAUGAAGAGAGAAAAGUGUAAACAUGCUUAGAUUGUUGUAUAAUGAC